CUGAGUGGAAGUCACGAGAAACCUUAUUUCGUGUCCCAGGGCGUAUUGCCAGAACUUCCUGCUGAAAAACAGAUUAUAAAAUGUAUUCAUUUUACUUGCAAAACAUAUUUUCCCGUGAAAGGUGAGCAACAAACCUACCAUAGUGCCAUCCAUGAAGCCAUAGAAAACUACUCUGACAAACGGAGCGAUUCAGUUAGAUAAGCCCGUUUGGCUGUGACUAGCCAGGGCUUCGCAGUGUUGCUCGAGGGAGAAGUGACAGUGGACACAGACACGCAACUGGGGCUCGUAAAACAUAACAAGAGCCUGGAAGACUGUGCGAGCCACUGCCAGGCACAAUAAUUCUGACAGCUAAGGAUAGAAUGGAAGAGACGAACAACAGUUUACUGCUCUAAGGUGUCCUCAGAAAAUCAAGCACUAAAGAAACUUGUGAUAUAAGUACUCGUAUUCAAUGUUUGAUCAUUCGGAGAUCAUCCGCCUUUCUAUUUCAUCUUCUUUCGUGCUCAUAAAAAUAUCAGAAGUGUUACAUUAAUUAACAUUCCAACUCGAGUGUCAGGAUGAAGUCCCGCGAGGUCCUCAGCUCUGUGAAGAUGAUGGCCUGGGUGGCGGCAGCGCUGUGCUGCUGGGACUGGGCCCUUGCAGACUACGACUUCCCCUGGAUGACAGCAGACGGAGUUCCGCCAUCCUUCAGGAUCAACACGUCUGACUACGAAUUCGCGCAUGCCAUCGUCAGGCCAGGCGAGUCCAAAAAGGAGGUGGUCGAGGGGCCUCGCCUGCUGAGCCGCAAAUGGCAGCGCCUCGUCGUGUCCAGGGGCUCCUCCAUCACGCUCAACUGCUCCGUGGCCGACCCAGGAGACGUUUCGGUAACUUGGACGAGGAAUAAAGAGGUUCUCACGGUUGACAGAUACAGGCUUUGCAGGUUUAGCAGCGACACCCGACUCAGCCCACUGCACGAGCCUGGCUCCCGAGAAUAUAACCUCAGAUUCUCCAACGUCACGCCGGCAGACUCGGCUGUUUACGAGUGUCACGUUGGGACUCGGCCCGAGCAGAUUGCCCGGGUCAAGCUAUCUGUCAUAGAUGCAUACUCGGUGAUCUUCGGGUCGUCGGAGGUGGCGGUGCCCAAGGGCGGGACGCUGUACCUGCUGUGCAUGGUGCUGCAGGUAUCCGACAUCCCCGAGUACAUCAUCUGGUAUAGGAACAGCACCAUACUUGAGUACAACAGGAUGACUAUUUCGGUCGUGACGGAGGAAGAGACUCGCUCCAGCGAACUCCGGAUCCGCAACAUAACGUUCGCGGACGCCGGCAGGUACACCUGCCAGCCCUCGAACGCGUCGCCGGCGCACGUCCAGGUGGAGGUGUUUCAUGACACGAAGAACAAAUCUGGGAAGGCGCAGAAGUGCGACGACUGCGUGCUGUUCCUGCAAUUGGGGGCAACCUUCGCCUUCUUCACCGUGAGCUUCGUCGUGGCCUUCUGCGUGCACGGCCGCCGCAGAAACCCUUGCAGUGACCACCACCUCUCGCAGGAUCGCUAUGUCCCGCCAGAUAUUGACAAAACGCUAUAAAGCUGAGACGUGUUUUCCAAACAUCUGGCAAGUUCUUGUGUUUCAAAUUUCAGACUGGCUUUUCUUUUUUAAACGAAUUCGAUCGCAAUUCUAGUAAUCACUGAAUUGCACCUGUUUUGAUACCUGUUGAGCCGAAUAAAAAUCACAUGGGAAA